AUGAAUGCUCGCGUCCUUCAUUAUGAAAGGAACUUCUUCAUCAUCAAGUUCCGUAGCCAUGAAGAUCUCCUCACUAUCCUUGGUAAUUGCCCUUAUGCAGUCGAAGGUGGCUUGCUAGUGCUUCGUCGAUGCUCUGACACUGAAGAUCUGGCUUUGGAUGGCAUUCGAAUAGACAAGCUGAGUGUCCGGGUGAGAAUGCAUGGUGUGCCAAUCACUUUGCUGAACUAUGCUGGUGCUCGAGAUCUAGCCAAGAGAGUGGGAGAAGUAGCUCUUGUCAAGGAGGAUUAUGUUUCCCUCCAUAGGCUGUGCUGGUGCUUCUCUGAAAUGCAGAUCCAAAAGAAUUCACAAAACAAAAGCUCGCAAACGUGGAAAUUCCAAAAAAAAGUUGAUUCAAAGGCUGCUGAUGUAGUUACUGAUACUCAAUCAAGUGACAGCUCCUUCUGUAUGAAGAUCAGGAAAGCACAGUCAGACACAGACAUUCCAGCUCAUUCCAAGUUUUCCACGCUGGAUAAGGCUAAGUCAAGAAUCAAAGCUAAUUCACAAGGAGGAUGGCGUAUGAAGGUAGAUAGUGAUGAUGAGGACGAGCCAGAUUCAGACAUUGUUGAUCAGCCUCAUCGUAGGAAACGUCAUUCUAAAGACUCAAAGGCAAAAUUCCCCAGAAAGGUGAAGAAAAGAAGCUGUGAAGCAGCACUUCAGGAUUUCCCAUGCAGUUUUCAGCUCCAGAAUCAAGCUCAAGAUUCCAGCUCUCUUAAUGGUAUUGCGGCAGUUGAACCAGAACAACUGCCUUCACAGAAAUGA